AUGUCUCUGAAAAUCAAAACAUGGCUGGAAAAAAGGAAGAUAACAAUUGAGUUGUUGCAUAAACUGGCAGAUGAGCUAGAAAGCCUGCAAAGCCUAUCGGAAACAGCAAGCGGUAUGAUAAUGGCGGGUGCUUGUUUAAGUCUAAUGGCAGCUCCGUUCACGGCAGGUAUUUCCACUCUGUGUUCGUUAGGAGUUGCCGGCUUUGGCUUUUUGAAUGGAGUGCAAUCCUUAAUGAAAAAUCACGUAAUUGCGGAUUUAACAAAAGAAAUGCAACGGGCUUUCGAUGAUGACCGCAACGAAAGUAACAAGCUGAACAUUGCAAUCCAAGAUAUGACUUAUGGAACUUCAGAAGCUUUAAAUGCGGAACAUGUAACAAAGCCAGACAUGGACAUAAUUUCCGUCCACAUGCAUAACGAAUUCGGUGGUAAAUCUGUAGGAGAAUUACGAAAAAUGGCUGAUCAACUUGAAGGCGAGAGGAAAAAGAUAGAAAGUACGUUUGAAUCAACCUGGACAAAGCUACAACAUUAUGCAGUUCAUGGAUCUGCGGCAGAAUGUUAUAGCCUGAUUGAAAGUUCACCUAAAGAUGUCGAUAUUGAAGUUGACAGCGCUUUCCAUCCUUAUCCUGACCUUCAUCUCCCCAAAAAAGUCAAUAUGACACCUUUACAACUGGCAAUGUACAGCGGCGACAAAUCUGCGAUGGAAAUACUAGCAAGACAUUUUUCGUUUACUUCCAUCGAACAGUGUUUGGCCGGUUCAAGUGAUACGGUAAUCCGUGAUAUUCUCGUAAGAGGAAUUUUGUAUCAGCUUCGUCAAAAUCACGAAGACGUGCAGUAUGGGAAUCUGAUUCAGACCGGUGAAAAUGUCAUAGUUAUACAUACGAACAAUGACAAACAUAAUGAUACAUUUCCAAAAACAGCCGGAAUAACCACAAUAUGGAAGGAUACAAAGAGAUGCGACCAAGACAACGAAAAAUCGAUCGAUUAUGAACUGAAUAUGAUGACAUCAGGUCUAUCCCAAGAAGAGAACGACCGUAUGAGAAAUGUAGUAAGAGCUUAUAGCGACUCCCUCUGGAAAAAUCACGAAAAUCUUAACGGAAUCCAUUUGUCAGCAGUACGUACUACUAAUGGAACAGCAACCGCAGAAAACUGCAUUGUUUUGUUUUGUAAGUUUAAAGGAUUCUUAUCUGGAGAGGAAGAGCCAUUUCCAAAGUCGUUAAGAUGUGCUGAAGUCUGUUUCCCUGUCGACGUUCGUGAGAAUCAGACUGUCAGAUCGGCUAACUCUCCUUCAGACAGGCUUGAACCGUUAGCUUGUGGAGGUCGCAUUCAAGGCAGUUGUAAAGCAAACAAUGUAUACGGGACCAUUGGACCUUUUGUGAAAUUGUCUGAUCAGGAGAAAGGUUUUAUUACUUGUGCUCACGUCAUUGAUAAUAAUCCUUCAUUUGGAGUUGUGAAAAAUCACAAUCACCUCGUUUAUCAGCCGGAGAAAGAUGAUCUUUGUGGUGAAGUUGUAAAAAUGGCUUUCAAACCAAGUAGCUACCCGUCAAUGGAUGCCGCGGUCGUUAAGAUCACACCUGAAGUGCGUAUUCCGCAAUCCAUCGACUUCGUUUCCUGUAACCAAGAAGCAUUAAUGUCUGAAGGUCUUGCUACCUUAACAAUCAACACAGGAGCCAUAGGACUUCCCUUACCUGACAGCACAGUUUUUAAAUUUGGCGCCUUCACUCCAGUUUUAAAAUGUAAAUGUUCCGCCAUUGGGCACGAAGAAUACAUCAGAUAUCCGCAAGGCAUGGUACUUAUGAAAGGACUAACCAAAAUUUUAUGCCAUGUAAACCAUCAGUACGGCGAUUCUGGGGCAGGAGUAUAUGUCAACAAUGCCAAUGACAAGCUUGAAUGUAUCGGACUCUUUAUUGCCGGAAGAGGUCGAGAAGGGUAUUUCAUUCCGAUUCAGGAUGUUUUACAUCAAUGCGGUAACUACAAUCUUAUGUAACUUAUUGAUUGCUAUGAAUUAACUUGAAUAUAUCUGAUGUUAUGGGCCGUAACAUCAGAUAUAUCUUUUCAAGUUAAACAGGUUGCAAUUAUCCACGGUACACAAUUUCUUGGGAAAUUCACUUUUAUUGAAGGACUGUUUAUGCCUCUCAGAAACUUUUCUGCCGCUUUUUCAGCCAAUCCAAAAUCAUGCUUCAAUAUGCAACAUCGUUUUAACGUUAUGGGUUGACAACAGCAAUUUGCUAUACAAGGACAUUUUUUUGUUAAAAUCAAGAUUAAACAAAAACGUUUUAAAACACAAGGUCGUAAAUAUACAAUAACAUAAUCCAUUCUAAAUCAUAUCCUAUUUAAAAUAGCUACUCUACCUCUUCUGUUUAAAAUCAUUGGUCAGUUUAUCGUAAUUUUAAUCAACGAACUGUCCUCAUAUGUAUCAUUGUAGGCAAACAUCAUUAUGCACGCUGUGUGUCAUUCCAUCGACAAUUUAUACCAUGUUUAAGACAUUUUAAUGUGCUUUUUAGGUUCUUUCUCUUGAAAGUUAAUAAAUGAAAUUUACAUCAUUGUCUUAUCCAUCACCUUACCGACGGUAUUGUGAUCAACCAUUGGUACAGCCUAUUGUCAAAAUGGUUAACAAAAUAGCACAUGUUCCCAGUAAGUGAUUAUGCGAGGUAUCAUUAUUAUUUCUAUACAGUAGAGUCAUGUUGUGUUUUAUUGAAUAACGAGCUUUUAACGCCGUAUUUGCAUGAAUACAUUUCCUGUACGCCGUCGAGUCGCCAUUUGCAUAAAGCAUAAUCAAUUUUUAAAAGGGGGUGUAUCUUGAUACAAUCGAAUUUGCAAAGAUACAUGGCGUUAACUUAUUCAUGAACCAUUCAGGCCUGACGGGUUUUAGACAUCAUCUUGGGAUUGUUAGGCAAACCUGUCUGAAGGGCUAGAUAACAAGGGAAGAACGACAUACAGUUAUGUUUACCCGAUCUCUGAAGGAUAAACAGACAGUUCAAGCAUAUACGGCGUGUAACCCAUUAUUCAGUAAUUUAAUGUUUAGAUAUGUUUUCAUUGAUAUUGUUUAUUUCCCUUUGUUUUUAACAAU